CCGCAUCGACCCCCCGCUCGGCCACCGCGAAGCAGCCGGUCCUGCCAUGCGACCCGACGAGGCUCAUCACCGCCGCCUUCUCCUCCCGGCACCGGGGGUCGCGUUAUAGCCGGAGUCGCGCCGUUGCCGGGGCUUCCGCGGGUUGCGCGGUAACCAGAGCCGCGUUGUAGCCGGAGUCGCGCUGUAGCCGGCGUCCCGCCGUUGCAGGAGCCGCGCUGUAGCAGGAAUCGCGCUGUAACCAGAGCCGCGCCGUUGGCGGGGCUCCCCUGGGUCGCGUUGUAGCCGGAGCCGCGCUGUAGCGGAGGUCCCCAUCCCAGACUGCGGGGAUAUGUCCCCCAACGACACUGGCUUGCCCUCCCCCAAUGGGACGGAGGAGGGCGAGGGGUCCGUCGAGGCCGGGAGCGUCGGGGGCGCCGUCCUCAUCGCCCUGGUCUACUCGCUGGUGUGCCUCGUGGGGCUGGGCGGCAACUCCAUGGUCAUCUUCGUCAUCCUUCGCCACGCGCGGAUGCGCACGGCCACCAACCUGUACAUCCUCAACCUGGCGGUGGCCGACGAACUCCUGCUGCUCAGCGUCCCGUUCCUGGUCACCGCCGCGCUGCUGCGCCACUGGCCCUUCGGCGCGGCCCUGUGCCGCCUGCUGCUCAGCCUGGACGCCCUCAACAUGUUCACCAGCGUUUACGGCCUGACCGUGCUCAGCGUGGACCGCUACGUGGCCGUGGUCCACCCGCUUCGCGCCGCACGCCUGCGCCGUCCACGCGUGGCCAAGCUGGUCAGCUUGGCCGUGUGGGCGCUGGCGCUGCUGGUCAUGUUGCCCAUCGCCGUCCUGGCGCGCACGGCGGCCAACCGCGACGGCACCGUGGCCUGCAACGUGCUCAUGCCGGAGCCGGCGCGCAGCUGGCUCGUGGGCUUCGCCCUCUACACGUGCCUCCUGGGUUUCGUGCUGCCCGUGGGCGCCAUCGGCCUGUGCUACGCCCUCAUCCUGGCCAAGCUCCGCGGGGUGGCCCUGAGGGCCGGCUGGCAGCAGCGCCGCCGCUCCGAGCGCAAGAUCACCGUCAUGGUGGUCAGCGUCGUCUCGGUCUUCGUCCUCUGUUGGAUGCCCUUCUACGUGGUGCAGCUGGUCAGCGUGUUCGCCGGGCGGGGCGACGCCACGGUCAGCCAGCUGGCCGUCAUCCUGGGCUACGCCAACAGCUGCGCCAACCCCAUCCUCUACGGCUUCCUCUCGGAGCCCUUCAAGCGCAGCUUCCAGCGCCUGCUGUGCGGCGGAGGGGGCGGCGGGGGCGGCUGGGCGGGAGCUGCGGCGGCCGAUGAGCCCGGCGACUACUUUGCCACGGCCGUGCAGAGCCGUCCCGGGGGCAGCGGGGAUGACCCGGCCGGCCCCCCGGCCCGCCUCGAGCUCCCAGGGGAUGGCCCCGGCCCCAGCGGGCCCUGCCCCUCCCGGACCACCACCCUCUGA